UCCAGCUGCCGACAUCCACGAUCUCUGAAGAUGGAAUCAACACUAUCGAUAUUACCCAUCGAUAUCAUCCUAGAUGUGUUGACUCCAUUGUCGGAGGAAGAUCUUUACAAUGUCGCACUUGUUUCGAGUCACCUCUCUGGCUCUGCAAACCGCCUUUUAUACCGAUCCAUCAGUCUGCAGCUGCGACCUUUAAGCGGGCAGGACAACAGUCUCCAUAGACUCGAGCGGCUUGUAGAUACACUCACUAGAAAACCGCAUCUCCAACCUUACGUGUUGCGACUUACCAUAGAUUUGCGGUAUCGAUUUGGGGAAAGCCGAUUUGGGGACCAUGCGAACCUCCUUGGACUGCUUCCGAACCUCCAAAUACUAUCUCUUCAACCUCCACCGUAUGACUUUGGGCUAUCCAUGUUGGCAUCUCCAAUUCUACAGACAUUGCAUUUGAACUUUUCCAACGGCAGAGACCAUGAUGGCAAUGCACAAGUCCCAGGUCCACUCGACAUAAUCGAGCAUGUAUUCUGGGCCCCUCAGCUGCGAAGACUGCUCGUAGAAGGGGUAACCUUUGAUUCUGCUUUCAGUCAAAAGUUCGGCAUGUAUCCAUCGAGGUCAUCGCUCAUUACUGACCUUCAAUUUCGCGAUUGCGAUCAACAACAACUUGGCUGUCUUCCGAACAUGCUUAACUGCAUAAAGGCAUUGGAGCGAUUUGCUCUCGAGAUACACACUCCAUGGAAAAUUUCAUAUCGCUGUUCCAAGGGUAUAGAACCUGCUAUGUUGGGUCAGGCAAUUGGCAUACAUGCUGAAAGCUUGGUACGUUUGGAAAUCGCCUCGAGCGACACUGCUGAGUUUUGUCAAACAUCCCUACUUGGUGGCCUGGCAGGAUAUCCCAGAUUGAAGAAAUUAGCCAUACCAGACGACUUACUGUUCACUAUUAGCGAUAAGCAUGCAACUCUGGUCGAUGUCUUGCCGGCGAGUCUAGAAGAGCUACAACUUCAAUUUACGAUGCUGGCAACGCCGCCAGGAAAAGAUGUGAACAGAUUACUGCGGCUUGACAGAUUACAUCAAUUAGCGACUACCAAAGAGACCCGUUUCACUGCUUUGAGAAGAGUCAUCGUGUGGUAUCAGCCGACCGAGCUCUGGUCUAACGACGGAUCUUGCUAUGGACCGCUUUCCGAUAUGGACGAUCUCAAGGCAGUAUUCCAGAAUGUUGGCGUAAAGUUCAAGUACCUCUCUGAGACCUAUUUUUUCGAAACCCCAUUUAGUGCAGAAGAGAACGAUAACUUGUUUCAGUCAUAAGAAGUUGAAGACAGCGGAUAAUUCUAUGGUAUUUCUCUUGUAACUACUGAUCUUGGAUAGUUUCGGGACGCUCCCGAGUUCGACUCGAGUUUGUAUCAUAUCUAGCUAAGUAAAGACUUCGAGUAGAGCUUUCAGAGGCUCAAAGCUAGUAAAUGAAGUCUAGUAACAUAAAAGCUAAGUCAAGUCAAAGGUCACUUUUGAAUAUUA